AAGAAGCAGCUCCUUCGCUGCAUGUCAGUGACGAUGGCGGCCGCCUUGAGGGGAAGCUUGGUAACAUUGGUCAAGGGCCUGAGUGGCCCCCGGUGGCAGCAGCUGGCCUCUCGACCACUGAGCUUAUCUGCUGGUCUCUGUGGUCCAGAAGCCCCACCUGCCCGCGCAGAUGCUAUCUUCAAGGUCACAAUGGUUCCAGGGGAUGGAGUGGGACCUGAGCUGAUGACUGCUGUCAAGGAAGUCUUUAAGGCAGGAGAUGUCCCGGUAGAAUUCGAGGAGUUCCACCUGAGUGAGGUACAGAACAUGGCCAGUGAGGAGAAGCUGGAGCAAGUGUUGACUUCUAUGAAGAACAACAAAGUGGCCAUGAAAGGAAAGAUUCAUACGCCCAUGGAGUUCAAAGGGGAGUUGGCUUCAUAUGAGAUGAGACUGAGGCGUAAACUGGACCUGUUUGCUAAUGUGGUUCAUGUGAACAGCCUGCCGGGCUACAGCACUCGCCACAACAACCUGGACCUAGUCAUCAUCCGCGAACAGACUGAGGGGGAGUACAGCUCGUUGGAGCAUGAGAGUGUGACGGGUGUGAUCGAAUGUUUGAAGAUCAUCACCAGAGAGAAGUCGCGGCGCAUCGCCAAGUUCGCCUUUGAUUACGCCACCAAGAAGGGGCGAAACAAGGUCACCGCUGUUCACAAAGCCAACAUCAUGAAAUUAGGUGAUGGCCUGUUUCUGCAGAGCUGUGCAGAGGUGGCACAGCUGUACCCCAAAAUCAAAUAUGAGAACAUAAUCAUUGAUAACUGUUGCAUGCAGCUGGUCCAGAACCCGUACCAGUUUGACGUGCUGGUGAUGCCAAACUUGUACGGUAACAUUAUCGAUAACCUGGCAGCAGGGCUGGUUGGAGGAGCAGGAGUUGUUCCUGGGGAAAGCUACAGUGCAGAGUAUGCUGUGUUUGAGACUGGUGCGCGCCACCCGUUUGCACAAGCUGUAGGGAGGAAUAUUGCCAACCCCACAGCCAUGUUGCUCAGUGCUGCUAACAUGCUCAGGCACCUCAAUCUGGAAUAUCACUCCCAAAUGGUGUCAGAUGCUGUCAAGAGGGUCAUCAAACAGGGCAAGGUACGGACACGAGACCUUGGUGGGUACUCUACCACUGGCGACUUUGUGCGUGCCGUUGUGGAAAACCUGCGUCACCGACCUGUUUAGAUGUUCCGUCACCCUUCUCACUGACAUUUUUUUUUUUAAUCUGGACAUUGUCUUAACAUGAACUGGACGCAUGUUAAGACUCAUUUCCCCUCUCACUCCCAAAUGACAGUGGUGCUUCACAGUUUUGACAAACACCAAAAAUGUGCAGCUCGAGAGGCCUCCUUCACAUCACAGUUUCAUCUUCUGUUGCCCCUCUUCAUGGACACCAGUUUUUCCUCGUAGUUAGUUCCCAUCACUUUACAUCUUUUUGCUUUUUCAGUUUUUACUUGGCUGAGUAGGAUCAUCUUUUCAGUCAUCUUUUUGUCCACUUAUUAUCAUGUGCUUUUGGUUGUUGCUCGUCUUAGUAUUUCAGCCAUGUUGGCCACGUAGACUACCUCUCUGCUGUCACACAUUAUCAGAAACUGUGCAACAACCACACUGUCUUUAUGCGCUAAUUGACUUUUGUCUCACAAUUCACCAUCAACUGACUUCACAUUUUUCUUUGUGUGAUUUCCUCCUCACUCAGAACUGAACAAUCUAAAGACUGAAUAUUACUGAAUCUCAGUAUUUAGUGUCAUAUCACUGCUGCAUCACGACCCACUAAUACCGUAACAUUUCUGACCAACAAGUUUCUUAAUGGUUUCAGUAAAACCUUGUUCAGCCAUUGCAGUGCUAUAAACACAGCUAAAGCCUGAAAUUGUUCCUGCACAGCCAAAGCAAAUCUAUCUUAAUGCAAAAUUCAUGUUUCUUGCUGUGACAUUAAUAAUACAGGAAAUAUUUUAUCAUGAACAACUCUGCCAAAACAAAAAUCAAGAAAACCAAAAACAUUUGGACUCAAGAUAUACAGUGCUUUCAGGUAUUGCUCCAUUGUUUGUGAAAUCAUUUUCAGGUGUUAGAAAGAUUUAUAAUAUUUCUACAGUUUAAGAUCUGCAGAAAAUCUCCUCAUGGGAUGGUCUAGGUUUUUGUCUUGUGAGUAAAUGGGCAAAGCCAUCAUUUUUAUAUUUAAACAUUGUGUCUGAGGACUAACGAGACAAGUUUUGUCCUAACAUGGUGCUGCUCAUUUCCACAGAACUGUUCAAGCCACCGAUGCUGUAAGAAAUUAAAACACUGCUCUGUCUCACCACCUCAUCCAUCAUGCUUUUUGUCUUACUGUGCUGCAAUUCAUACGCAGUCAGCCGUUAACCACAAAUAAUAAAAAAUAAAGCAGUAUAAUAGUAACUGUUUGUUUUAACCUUUUGCAUAAUCAAAGUGUUAAAGGUCAUUAUGGAGAAUGUUUACCACCACCACUGUAAACAGUGUCAUAUUUUUUGUUUGCUUGUUUGUUUGUUUGUUUUGUGUUUCUCAGAUUUUGUUCCCCUUUUGACCACAAUUUCUAAAUGGAAAUUUCAUACUUGCAUAUUAAAGCUGGUCACAAGUGUGAUGUGGUAUUGAAUAAAUAACAUUCCAUCUUCUCUUUGAA